AUGCCUUUCUGUGCUGCCUUUGGUUGUGCUAGUGUGCAUAAAAAAGGAUGUGGGGUGAGCUUUUUCAGCUUCCCCAAAGAUUCGGCGAGAAGGAAAAGAUACUGUCGACGAGAUAAGUUUGUGCCAGAAAACCAUAGUCGUUUGUGCUCCAAACAUUUUUCUACGGACCAACUAGAAAGAGACCCCAAUGUAUUAGAGCGACUUGGAUACGUAAAUGCCAGAAUUAAACUGAAAGGGGGUGCAAUUCCCGACGUGCCCCUUCGUGUACAAGCUGCGCCUCUCGUCCUACCACCAAAGACUCGAGGAGCAUUUGCUAAACGCAACAAGCCUUAUCUUUUACAUGAAGCACUGCAGGAGGUGGAAUUGAGAAAUGGAAAUGAUGCAACACCAGUGACUAUCCAUCAUGAUGGAGAAGCACCACCAAAUUCUGAGCCUAAGACUGCAGUUGAAGUUCCAGAACCUGAAGACCCCCCAGUCAGUUCCAGUCAGACAUGUACCACCCUUACAAAGAAAUGCCAGGCUUCCAUAACUGUCCCUCAAAGAACCCGAAGGAUUCAGGUUUCAAUGACAGAUAAAAACUGUAUAACAGUGUCGAAGGGUGUGCAGUGCUCAAGUUUAUUUGAUGGAGUGUCACUCAGGGAAGCUGCUUGA